GCUGCUCCGGGAAGCCGGCGUCCCGGGGAAGAGCGCACCUGGCGGACGCCGCCUCCCGGCUCCCGCCCACCGCCCCGGCAGAGCCGGCCCCGGGCCUUGGGACAGGGCGUGCGGCGGGCCCAAGAGCGGGCUCUCCCUUGGGUCCGUGGCACGGGGUCGCAGAACCGAGGGGCGCGGAGCAGAGGCUCUGGUCCUCUGAAAUGCAUCACAGAUGCCCAUGUUUUUACAGGUAAAUCAACAUGCCCUCUUCCCUGUUGCUGGAAGUCCUCUUCAUUUUCCUAUUUUCUGGAGUACCCCUGUCUCAUGCGCUUCAGGAAGUCCACGUAAGCAGGGAGACCAUUGGGAAGAUUUCAGCCGCCAGCAAAAUGAUGCAGUGCUCGGCGGCAGUGGACCUCCUGUUUCUGAUCGACGGAUCGCACAGUGUCGGGAAGGGGAGCUUUGAGAGGUCUAAGCACUUUGCCAUCACGGUCUGUGACGCUCUGGACAUCAACCCUGAGAGGGUCCGAGUGGGGGCGAUGCAGUUCAGUUCCGCUCCGCGUCUGGAAUUCCCCUUGGAUGCCCUUUCAUCGCAACAGGAAGUGAAGGCCAAAAUCAAGAGGAUGGUCUUCAAAGGAGGGCGCACAGAGACAGGCCUGGCCCUGAAAUACCUUCUGCGCCAAGGCUUCCCCGGCGGCCGGAACGCUUCUGUGCCCCAGAUCCUUGUGGUCGUCACUGACGGGCGGUCCCAAGGGCACCUGGCGCUGCCCGCCAAGCAGCUGAAGGAAAGAGGCGUCACCAUAUUUGCCGUCGGGGUCCGGUUUCCAAGGUGGGAGGAGCUGCACACGCUGGCCAGCGAGCCGAGGGAGCGGCACGUGCUCACGGCCGAGCAGGUGGAGGACGCCACCAACGGUCUCCUGAGCGCCCUCAGCGCGUCUGCUCUCUGCACCGCCGCCUCUCCAGACUGCGAGGUCCAGCCUCACCCCUGUGAACACAAGACGCUGGAGACGGUCAGGGAGCUGGUGGGCAGUGCCCCGUGCUGGAGAGGAUCGCGCGGGAGCAAGGCCGUGCUGGCGGCAGUCUGUCCCUUCUCCAGCUGGAAGAGAGUGUACCGAAGCCACCAUUCCACCUGCUACAGGACCACGUGCCCAGGCGCUUGUGACUCGCAGCCCUGCCAGAAUGGAGGCACAUGUAUUCCAGAAGGACUGGACAAGUACCACUGCCUCUGCCCGCCGGCCUUCAGAGGGGAGGCUAACUGCGCCCCGAAGCUGAGCCUGGAGUGCAGGAUCGACAUCCUCUUCCUGUUGGCCAGCUCAGCGGGCACCACCCCCGAGGGCUUCCUGCGGGCCAAGGCCUUCGUGAAGCGGUUUGUGCAGGUGUCACUGAGCGAGGACUCCCGGACCCGUGUGGGUGUGGCCUGGUACAGCGGGGAGCUGGCGGUGGCCGUGCCCGUGGGCGAGUACCGGGACGUGCCGGCCCUGCUCGAGAGCCUGGACAGUCUUCCCUUCCGUGGCGGCGCCACCCUGACGGGCAGUGCCUUGCGGCAGGCAGUGGAGCAGGGCUUUGGGAGUGCUGCCAGGACGGGCCAGGACCGUCCGCGCAGGGUGCUGGUCCUGCUUACCGAGUCACCGUCCCAGGACGAGGUGGCCAGCCCUGCGCGGCACGCGAGGGCCCGAGAGCUGCUCCUGCUGGGAGUGGGCACAGAGGCCAUGCGGGCGGAGCUGGAGGAGAUCACCGGCAGCCCGAAGCACGUCCUGGUCUACACCGGCCCCCGGGACCUGUUCCACCGAAUCCCUGAGCUGCAGGGGAAGCUGUGCGGCCAGCCGCGCCCAGGCUGCCAGGCCUGGUCCCUGGAUCUGCUCUUCCUGUUGGAUGCCUCCAUCUCUGUGGGGCCCGAGAACUUCGCCCAGAUGCAGAGCUUUGUGAGAAGCCUCACGCUGCAGUUGGACGUGAACCCGGACGUGACCCAGGUCGGCCUGGUGGUGUACGGCGGCCGCGUCCGGACAGCCUUCGGGCUGGACACCCAUCUCACCCGCGCUGCGGUGCUGCUGGCCACGAGCCAGGCCCCUUACCUGGGCGGCGUGGGCUCGGCGGGCACAGCCUUGCUGCACGUCUAUGACAAAGUGAUGACUGUCCAGAGGGGCGCCCGGCCCGGUGUCCCCAAGGCUGUGGUGCUGCUCACGGGCGGGAUGGGGGCGGAGGACGCAGUGGUCCCUGUCCAGAAGCUGAGGAACAACGGCGUCUCCGUGUUGGUGGUGGGCGUAGGGCCUGUCCUAAGGGAGGCUCUGCGGAGGCUCGCGGGCCCCCGGGACUCCCUGAUCCAUGUGGCAAGCUACGCAGACCUGAGGUACCACCAGGAUGAGCUCCUCGCAUGGAUAUGUGCAGAAGCCAGGCGGCCGGUCAGCCUGUGCAAGCCCAGCCCGUGCCUGCACGAGGGCACCUGCAUCCUGCGGAACGGGAGCUACCGCUGCGAGUGCCGGGACGGCUGGCAGGGCCCUCACUGCGGGAACCGGUCCUUGCGAGGAGAUGCCCCCAAGGCACGAGGCUCCCAUCCAGAGCCUGCGGAAGGGCAGCAGCCCUACCCCUCCCAGCAGCCACCCAGAAGGCCCGGGCGCCCCAGGCACUGAGAGCACGCCUGCGGCUGCCUGUCUCCUGGGGUCCUCAGAGCAUCUGCCUCCAGCUCCACGGGGAACCCUCCCGCCCAUGUCCCUCAGCCCCAGGAAGAGCUGUCCCAACGGCAGACUGUGCUGCUCAGGGACACGGCAGCAGCCGGUUCAGCCACUACCGCAGCUAUUGAAGCGUCUUGAUGUGUAAGUAAAUACUUUCCAUCCCUGGAUGUGCCCUGGUGUCCUCUGCCAGCUUCUCCCUGAGGAGAAACAGAGGAGCUUGGAGAAGGUCAGUGUCCUGUUUGAAGCUCCCUUUGCCCACAACAAACACUAAAUAAUGUUGUUGGGAUGGUACCGCUCAGGAGGAGGCCGGCACUGCAGGGUCCUUGGGACCACCGGAGCCAUGGCAUUUUGAGACUGAAAAACUGUGGACCUUUUCACACGUCUUUUCCCAGAGAUGUCCAAGUGCGUUUGCUUUUAGUUUGAGAAGGGGCUGGAGUGGCAUUUGUGACCAGAUCUGUGCAUGGCAAAGACCUAGAAAGACUCCAGACUGAAACGUGACGGUGAACCAGCUUGUUUGACUAUGGGAGAGGAGCUGAGCAUGCAGACCACCCUGGUCUCCAGGGGCUGGGUGACGUUGGCGCCGGACCUGAGCUACAUUCCCUUGGAGGGGCUUCCUUGGGAGGUUACUUAGUGGGGGCUAAUUGUGCAGUGCCUAUAGCUUGUCCUUUCUUGGUAGGACAAGGAAGAGUGGAAUUCUUAACAAAUAUGACCUAAAGAAACAUAGAGGGUACGGGCUUUUUGAAGCUUCAGACUUAUGCUGUUUAGGUGGUUUUGCUUUCCAUGUCCAGUUUUGAAAGGACUAUUUUGAGAAAUGAUGUUGGUUAUUUAAUGGAACCCGUGUGGCAAGAGGGCUCCGCUGGCCUAUGUUUCUGGCAAACUAGGUACUCAGCCCUGCAGUCUUCAGGAAACACUUCUUGCCCUUGGUUGUGUGGUUAGAAUUUGGGUUUUCAGUAGAAAGCUUUGCAGAGCUGGCACCUAAGUCCAGACACUCUGUCCUGGCUUUUCUUUUUAAUGUUAAUAAUGUAACUGUUUUGCAUGCAAAUGUUCAAGGCUAUUUUGAUUUAAAGUGCAGGGAGAGGUCAUCAGGUGUUAGACAUCACAAAGGAACGGUCAUUUUCACUCCCAUUAUUACCUUUGCUGUGGUAGCAGCGACAUCAAGGUAGGGUCACGUGUCCACCUGGCAGGUGCUGAGAGGCGAUGUCAAAGAACUUACAUGAACCAACCAUCUUCAAAUUGACAGCAGGUUCAUCAUUUUGUAGUGUGAGCUCUUUGUCCAGGUCACGGCUCAUGUUUGGCUAUCCCAUUUGAAUUGCUUCAGCUUAAGAAAAAAAAAAAAACAAACAGAGCCAUGGGCUCUGGGCUUACACAUUAAAGGCUAUUUCUAGUUUUAGGUCCCAGCCCUCAAGCCUUUUUUUUUUUUUAACCUUUUCUAGGGAAGGUGUCACUGAACAGUUCAACCCUCUCUGUGCCCCAGUAGUGGCAGAGGGAACUCCUUUCUUUUAAAAGAAACUGGCCUUUAAGUACAUAGAAAUCGGUUUUCCUUGGAAAAAUUUACACAGUGCAGAGAGAUCACCAAUCUUGUUUUCUGCAUGAUCCCAAUUCCAGCCAACUUGCUGGACGCUCUAAUCCUAAGAGUUAAUUCUCUUUUCUAGAAAGAUAUUUAUAAAUAAUCAGACUCACCCCUUCCUUUUGAUGUUUAUACGAGUACUUUUGUCUAGGAUCUCUGAAAUAAUGAUUUUAAAAGCUCGUGUCUGUUUCUGGACCCGGAGGGAUCUUCCAUCAUUCUAUGUGGAUGACUUUAUCAGGUUAGGAAUACUUUUUUUAGGAGUGUGGAGAUGAUCUUUUUUACAUUUAAUCUGAUCAUAUCAUAAAUGGCCCAUUAGAAUAUUUUCAGUUCUUGAAUCACCUUUGCUUCCUUGGAUAAACAUGAUGUGGCCGUGACGCAUGAUUCUUUAAACACUAUCAAAUUUCACUUGCCAAUAUUAAGGUAUUUUUCAUCUUUGUUCAAAAAAUGAGAUUGGGAUGGGGUGCCUGGGUGGCUCAGUGGGUUAAGCCGCUGCCUUCGGCUCGGGUCAUGAUCCCAGGGUCCUGGGAUCGAGCCCCGCAUCGGGCUCUCUGCUCAGCCGGGAGCCUGCUUCCUUCUCUCUCUCUCUGCCUGCUUGUGAUCUCUCUCUGUCAAACAAAUAAAAAAUAAAAUCUUUAAAAAAAAAA